AUGCCUGAAUCUAAGAAAAGAAAAUCAAAUGGUAAUGAUGAUAUAGCACAAGAGGAGAAGAAAGAAUCACCAUCUAUCAAACCUGUAAAGAAAUUAAGUUGUCAAAGAUGUAGAAGUAGGAAAGUUAAAUGUGAUGGAACACUUCCUUGUUCUGGUUGUCUUAAAGCAAAAGUUGAAUGUAUUCAAACAAUCGCAGAUAUGAGAAAGAAACGACCAAGUACAAAUUAUGUUGCUAAAUUAGAAACUCAAGUUGCACAUAUUCGAUCUUUUAUCAACGAUCUCAAAAAGUUAGAUCCUGAAAAACAAAUGGAGUUAUUAAGAAAUACUGAUUUAAUUGAUUUAUUAGAAACUGAAGAUCUUGACUCACAAGCUAAUACAUCAACCACAUCAUUAGCUGAUCAUCAUGACGAUGUUGAUGAAAACAAAUCAAUUUAUGGUCCAAUCUCAGUUUAUGAUAACAACCUUACCACAAAUAAUAUAAAUAAUACUAAAUCACUGAGACGUGAAAAUGAAAUUAAUAUAAUUAAGAAAAUGAAUAAAGAUCCAGAAAUUUUAAAAUGUAUACAAUUAUUUUUCACAUGGCAAUAUCCAGAUCAUAAUAUGUUUAUAUUUAGAGAAGCUUUUCUAAUUGAUUUUUUCAAUCCAACCUCAACAAGUUUAUAUUGUUCGAAAAUUUUAAUAUUAAGUAUAUGUGCAUUAGGAUCAAGAAUGGCUGAUGAUCCAAUUUAUAACAAAUCAAAGCAAUUCUAUAAAGAAGCAAAAACUUUAUUACUUCAAUCAUUAAGUCAACCAUCAAUAACAUCUUUGCAAAGUUUUAUGCUUCUAGCAUUUUUUGAUAUUUGUAAUGGAAUGAAUUCAAGUGGAUGGAUGCUACUGGGGAAUGCAAUGAGGAUGGGAUUUGAUAUUGGAUUUCAAUUGAACCCAGAAGUUUGGUUUGUUAAAUCUAAAGAAAGUUUAAAUGAACUUGAUGUUGCUAUUAGAUCAAGAAUUUAUUGGGGUUGUUAUAUGGCUGAUCAUUUUAUUAGUUUAGUGUUAGGUAGACCAUCUAUUUUGAAAUUGUCGGAUGCUUCAAUACCAGAAACUAAAGAUUUACCGGAUUUGGAAUGGAUUGAUGAUUUCACAUAUACUGGAUAUGAAAAGAAAAAUGGUAAAGUUAAUAAUGGGUAUAAAUCAUAUAUUGGUGAUCCAUUAAAUCAAAUUAUAAAUCUAAUCAAUAUAUCGGAUAAUAUAUUAAAUGAUAUUUUCACUAAAACGGAUAUUGAUGAUCAAUCAAAUGAAGAAAUUAACCUUGAAUCAAGAUUAGAUAAACUAUAUGAAUAUAAUUCACAAAUAAUGAAUUGGAAGCAGAAUUUACCAGAUGAUUUAAAAUGGGAAAAGAUUACAUUGGCUCAAAGUGCAGAAAACCCAACUUAUUCAGGUAUACGAUAUUACUAUUAUAUUUUAUUAUUGUGUUUAAAUCGUCCCUUUGUUGGUUUAGAAACUCAAGCCGUAAAUGAUUUAUCAUCAUUAACAAUCUGUUUAAACGUUAUAGAAGAUUUAUAUGAAUCAAUUCGUAAAUUUGAAUCAGAGCAUGGAUAUAAAAGAGCAUCUAUCUUUAUUGUUUAUUCAUCAAUUUUAUCAAUUUCAAUUAUUUUAUUAACCAAUUCAACUUUUUCACAAGUAAAUGAACAUAAAGAGAGACUUCAAUUUUUUAUGGGUGUUUUAUUAGGAUGCUCAAAAACUUGGAAAUUAGCUGAAAAAUCAUAUAAUUUAAUUAAAGAUAAAUUAAAACAAAAUUAUGUUGGUAAUAAUAAUAGUAUUGCUGGUUUUUCAGAUCCAACUAUAUCAAUUGCUAAAGCUGCAUUUCAAGCAUCUCCAGUUUCAAGUGUUGAUUCACAAAAUUUUACAAAUGUCUUGCUUGAUGAUAAUAUAGAUUUUCUUGGUGGUCCACCUGUUUUAAUGACUUCUGAUUUAUUUAAUGAAGAUUGGGAAGCAUUAUUUCCUGAUUAUAUUUUUCAUAGUAAAAAUUGA